AUAUAAAAUUUUUUAAAAAAUGGGAGCCUGCCCCUUUAAAUACGCCGCGCUCGGCGGCAGAAGGAGGCCAGGACUUCCGGACAUGCGCACAGCGUUGUGCCCGGGAUUCCUUAACCUGCACCUGAGGCAUUGUUAUUUAAGGAUGGAAGAGGAUACAGAUUUUAGAAUUAGGUUUAGUUCUUUGGGUUUCAUUACUGAUCACGUUGGAUUUCGUGGCACUAUAAAAAGCUCACCAAGUGACUUCGUUGUUAUAGAGAUUGAUGAACAGGGACAGCUAGUUAAUAAGAGCACCAGUGGCCUGAUUAGUAAAGUACUACCUGAGCCAAAUAAUUUUGCCAAAAAAACAAAACUUGAUUUUCAAAAUAAAUCCUGUCAAGAGGGCAGCAACCAAGAAGUCAGUACUUUCACCAAGUGCUCUGAUGAUGACCAAAAUCAUCGGUCUGGUUCAGAAAAGGAAGAUACUGUCAAUGAUGGAACUUCCACAGGCGAAGAACAAGUUCAUGUUUUAGGCAACUUGUUAGAUGAAAAAACUAAUGACUUACUGACUCACUUUGCCUUUGACAUAAAAGAGAAGUGGAAUUCUAAAACUGAGCUCAUUGGAUCAUCUCCUGAAUUCUCAUUAGGCAGGAUCCUUGACAAGAACCAGAGAGCUAUUUUGCAUAGUGCCGUCAGGCAAAAAUUCCCCUUUUUAAUAACUGUAGGUAAAAACAGUGAGAUUGUUGUAAAACCAAAUCUUGAGUAUAAGGAACUCUGUCACUUGGUAUCUGAGGAAGAAGCACUUGACUUUUUUAAGUAUUUGGAUGCAAAGAAAGAAAAUUCCAAAUUUACCUUUAAACCCGACAUGAACAAAGACCACAGAAAAGCUGUCCAUCAUUUUGUCAACAAAAAAUUCGGAAACCUUGUGGAGACCAAAUCUUUCCCUGAACUCAAUUACAAUGCUGCUAAUCCAAACAUAGCAAUAACAGUAAGAUUCCGGGAAAAAAAACACAAGCACAGGAAGAGGUCUCUUUUUGAAUGCCGAGAUCAAAAAGUUAUAUACACAGCCUUUACCCUACGAAAAGAAAAUCUGGAAAUGUUUGAAGCACUUGGAUUUUUAGCUAUCAAACUUGGUGUGAUUCCUUCAGAUUUCAGUUACGCUGGCCUUAAAGACAAGAAAGCCAUCACUUAUCAAGCAAUGGUUGUUAGAAAAGUGUCUCCAGAGAGGUUGAAGAAUAUUGAAAAAGAAAUUGAAAAGAAACGAAUGAAUGUGUUUAAUAUUCGAUCUGUAGAUGAUUCCCUUAGACUUGGUCAGCUCAAAGGAAAUCACUUUGAUAUUAUCAUCAGAAAUGUAAGAAACCAAAUAAAUGAUUCUACAAACCUGAGAGAGAGAAUUUUGGAGGCAAUAGAAAAUGUUAAGGUGAAGGCUGUAAAAUUAUUUCUUACACCAGAAGAUUUGGAUGAUCCUGUAAAUAGAGCAAAGAAAUAUUUUCUUCAAACUGAGGAUGCCAAAGGCACACUUUCAUUGAUGCCUGAAUUCAAAGUUCGAGAGAGAGCACUGUUGGAGUCAUUGCAUCGCUUUGGCAUGACUGAGGAGGGUUGUAUCCAGGCAUGGUUUUCUUUUCCCCAUUCUAUGCGCAUAUUCUACAUUCAUGCAUAUAGCAGCAAAAUUUGGAAUGAGGCGGUAUCUUACAGACUUUCAACCUAUGGAUCAAGAGUAGUAGAGGGUGAUUUGGUCUGUUUGGAUGAAGAUAUUGAUGAUGAACACUUCCCAAGUAGUAAAGUUCAUCUAGUAACUGAAGAAGAGGAGUCAGCUAGCACAUAUGCAAUACAUCAGGUGGUUCUUCCAGUGCUUGGAUACAACAUUCAGUACCCAAAGAACAAAGUUGGGCAGUGGUACCAGGACACACUUAGCAGAGAUGGACUACAGACGUGUAGGUUUAAAGUACCGACUCUAAAACUCAAUGUUCCAGGAUGCUAUAGACAGAUAUUGAAACAUCCCCAUAAUGUCUCAUACCAACUAAUGGAAGAACAUGAUACUGAUGUCAAAACUGAAGGUUCCCACAUUGAUGAAGCAACUUUAUCUCUUCAGAUCUCUUUCGAUCUUGAUGCUUCCUGUUACGCGACAGUGUGUCUGAGGGAGAUAAUGAAGCAUGACUUUUAGAAUCACUACCCUUGCUAUAAUCAUAUAUAUAUAUGUGUGUCACUAUUUAAAAGAGAGGGAGCUAAAAUUUCUCGAGCACUUGCCACAUGCUAGAAGCCUUACAAUUGUUAGCUCCUGUAAUUACAAAACAUCCUGAUGAAGUAGAAAUUUGCUGAUGUUCUAGAAGACAUAUAGCUAGUAAGCAUCUGAAUUUAAGACCCCAAAGCCUUUGUUCUUUCUAUUAUCUAAUGUUUCAGUCAUCUUUAUUCUGUGCUAUAAAAUUUGUAAUCUUCUUUUACUAUUCAAGACAAAUAAUCCUGCAAGAUAACAUGUAAGAAAAAAAAAACGUUUGGAGUAAUGUUUAUAUCCUCUAGCUCCUUGCUUAGAAUGUAGAGGAAACUAGACUGGUGAAAGCACAUGGUUGGAGAGAAAGCGAAAUGAAGCAUUUUAUUAAUUAUUGUCAUUCUUUUCUGUUUUUGAAAUUAUUGAUCAGAAUAAUUUCAUUAGGGAAAUGUAAUCCCUCUAUUUAUGAUAGCUACCUGAGGGUAGUUUACCUCCUUUAUGAGAUAAAUUAUCUUCAGUGAAGAUUGAAAUAAAAUUUUUUGUACAAUUUCUUUAUCUCAACAUACAUUGACCCUCUUGACUUUUUUGUGAUUAUUAUUUUUUCAAAGAUUAUAUUUAUUUAUUCAUGAGAGACACAGGGAGCAGAGACGCAGGCAGAGGGAGAAGCAGGCUCCAUGCAGGGAGCCCAAUGUGGGACUCGAUGCCAGGUCUCCAGGAUCACGCCCUGGGCCGAAGAUGGCGUUAAACCGCUGAGCCACCCAGGCUUCCUUCUUUGUGUGAUAUUUUUGUCUGCUAUCUAAAACCUAGAUUUUAGAGUUGGGGUUUAGAUCGGGGAGGGAUGGCAUAUAUUGAUCAGGAAAGUCUAAUGUUCUUUCAUCGCUGGUAGUAUAACAUGAUGAAAUUUAAAAAGCAGUAUAGAGCAUUAUAUGUCAGUAAUGUGGUGCUUUUAUAUACUCAAGUCAAACUAUUUUGGGUAUAGUAACAUCAGGAAAUAAAAUUCAAAAGAAGGAAAAAUGUUAUAUGCAAUGUAAAAUAUGCUCAUUGCAACAUUUUUAUGUAAGAUGAAAGAAAUGAUAAAUAGUUUGAAAAUCCAGCAUCAGACAACAAAAGUAAGUAGAAUGAGGUGUAUCACCUUCAUGGCAAAACAUGUAGUUAUUAAAAGUGAUGAUAGAAGUUUAGGUAUGCAAGAAAAUGUUGCCUCUCAAAACCAGAACAGAGAUAUUAUAGAUGCAGUAUGCACACUAUGCACACCGAAUGCAGCUUUUACAAAGAGGCAUUUUAGCAUUGUGACUAAAAGCACAGUUACUACAGAAAAACUCCCCAAGUUUGAACUGUGGCUCUGCCACAUAGCAUGUGGCCUUGGACUAGUUAUUGAAGCUUUCUGUGCCUUUGUUUCAACAUCUAUGAAAUGAGAAUGGUAUUAUGCCUACCAUUAUUAUUGUGAGGAUUCACCAAGUUCAUACCAAAGCAGCUUGGAAAAGUACCUUCUACUUAGUUAUUGUUAAAUAAGUAUCCACAGAUGCAAGGGGGCAUCUUGGGCAGAAAGGGAAAAAAUACGAAAAUCAGUUUCUUUUUUUGUCAUUAUAUAUUUUAAUAAUAAAUGAAUCUCAGAACACAAAAUUAGACUUUGUAGUACCAUUGGAUUUUUAAACUUAACCUUUGUCAUCUUACUAUUUACUGAAAAUAAAAUGCUAUAGUAAGUGGUAAAAUAUUUAGAAAAAAUAUGCCAUUUCAUAUGGUAAAUUAUAUCCUGCAAAUGUAAUCAGAAAGUGAAUUAUGUAAAUUCUUAAAUUCUAGGUGUCUUUUAUUUUUUUUUAUUUUUUUUUUAUUUUUACUUAUUUAUGAUAGUCACACACAGAGAGAGAGAGAGGCAGAGACACAGGCAGAGGGAGAAGCAGGCUCCAUGCACCGGGAGCCUGACGUGGGAUUAGAUCCCGGGUCUCCAGGAUCGCGCCCUGGGCCAAAGGCAGGCGCUAAACCGCUGCACCACCCAGGGAUCCCCUCUAGAUGUCUUUUAAAUGUUGAGUAGUAAUUAGUAAAUAUGAAAGUAUUAAAAUGUGCUAUCAUUGAUAUUUUCUUUGCCUGUAGAUGGCACUAUAAUUUUAGAGAUCUUAUUUAUGUAAAUACUUUAGCCACAUGUAAAGAAAGCAUCACUAAACUUAUUGGAAGUCACCAUAAAAUGUACUCAGAUACUGUUGCUGUGGAAAAUUAUUUUACAUACAAAUGAUAUUUGACAUGUUAAUUUUCUUUCAGUGUGAGUUGAGGCCUUGAAUAUACUUUUUGGACCAGAUGAUGACCAGUCUUGUAGGUUUUUGCAGUUUUCCUGGGCAUUUCAGGCCUUUAAAAGGAUAAUCUUUAAUUUUCAAGGUUAUUUUUGAAACUGAGCAAUAGUGUUUCAGGAUUACCAAGGUGAAACAAGUUGAGGUCUUUUUAUUAAGCUAAAAAAACCACUUUGAUAUUUGUGACUUACGCCAAACUGAAAGUCGUGUAAGAUUUGAUUCAAGUAACUUUUAUUGUUUGUUGUGCCAGUACUUCUGCUUCUCUCAUUUGAAUCCAUAUACCCAACCUAUAGGUAGGUAAUAUUUUCCCUGAUUUUGCAGAUGGGAAGAUACCUGAGUGGUUUACUGACCUAUUUAAGGUCAAACAGGAUAGUAUGUGACUAAACUUGGUUAUGCUUUGUAGAACAGUAUUGUUUUCAUAUACCUAAUAUUUGCCAUCUGAAAACAAGUUUUUUUGUUAAUGACUUUCAUUUCCACUAACUCAGUAUUCCUUGCCACUGAUUAGUAGGCAUAUUGGAGCACGUCUUGAGAGAAGCAAGAUUCCUUUUGAGAUUCUAAGACCAAAAUAAAAGUAAAGGAGAGCCUUUAGGAAAUUCCCAAAUCAUUUUGGAAUAUUUUCCAGAACAUUUUGGGACUUGUAUCAUAAUGAUAGGCAAAAUUAUUAUAGGUCAUAGGAGGUUAAUGUAGAUGGUACCUGGCACAAUAUUAAUAUUGAAUAAGUAUAGUGAAAGAUUUGCUUCUUUUUUAGAAAAUCUUAUGAAACACUAACAGCAGUGUCCAGCACCUAAAUUCUCAAUGUUAUCUACUGUGCUAAAUGAUGAAAGUUUUACAGUGGAAUGGUUAAUGACUUCCCCUUGAGAUCUGUUCUGACUCUGUCUUAGCAUAAUUACAAUUCACACUUUUAGAUUUAUUUUUUUGUUAAGUGGAAAUAACUAUUUCUAAAUCUGGGAGUUGAGCAAUUCAUUCAAAUUAAGAUCUUAAAGAACUAUCUAGGUCAAUGUUUUCAAUAUAUUCCACCUGGGAACUACCUUUAGGAGACCAAAAAGAAAAUGAAACCCCAGGUUAACAGUGAAGUUUUCUUGCAUUAAAGAUAGGAAAAGAGGUUGGAGGAAGAUAUGGGAGUUAGGAAAAUAGGAUUCUCUUUUUUUUUUCUCUAUUUACCUCUGUUACAUUUUUAAGUAAGAAUUUAUUUGUAUAUUAAUUUUGCAAUUAAAAACCUUGAAGAAUACUUAAGGCUCAGAGAAGGUAAGGUAAGGCAAUUGGUGGGUUAUGUUGACAUUAUUUUCAGCAUAUUGUCAGAAAGAAGUUUAUGAUUAUACGUUUGAAUGGCAGUAAAUACAAGUUUAAAGUUUAGUACCUGUGCUAUGGACUUUGCUUUCAGAUUUGGAAAGGUUCUGCCUAAGAAAUAGCUUGAAGUCUUUUUUUUUUUUUUUCAGAUUGUAUUUAUUUAUUCAUGAGAGACACAUUGGAAGGCAGAGAAAUAAGCUGAGGGAGAAGCAGGCUGCCUGCAGGGAGGCCAGUGUGGGACGGGGAUCAUGACCUGAGCCAAAGGCCGAUGCUCAACCACUGAGCCACCCAGGCACCUCUAGCUUGAAGUCUUAUGGUAUUGUUUUAGUCUAUUUUUCCUGAGCCCUUCUGCUUUGCCUAGUUUUGAUAGGCCACUAAACAAUGCCAAAUGUCUGACAUAAUGCUCAACAAAUAUUUGAGUACCCCUAAAUUAAAAGCACUCUAUAUGAUACUGUGGGGAAGACAAAAAUAAAUCAGGUAAUAUCUCUGCCUUUGAGGGAUUAACAGUGUCCUAUCCUUUCAGAUAUCAUUUAAUUUGAAAUGUUAUCUGCAAAAAGGAUAUGCAGGCUAAAUGACAAGGAUAAGAACAAGCAAUGUCUUUUCCAUUUCAUGUAUAGCUCACUGUAUGGUCGAUAAUAUGUUACUUGACCCCUCAGCACUUCAUCCUGAAUCCUUCAAUGAUACUUAUAUUAGCAUUUCUAAGCAUUUUGAGAUCUCUUCUUAAAAUAUGCUUUGAACUAUUCAGUCUAAAUGCUGCUUUCUCGAAAGCUACUACUCUAAAGAAUGGGAAAUGGUGUUAAUGGAGUUAAUCUUGUGUAAUUUCAGUGUGGGUUGUCAGGAAUAUCUUUAAGUAAAGAAAAUGACUCUAAUCUCCUUAAGCAAUUCAUUUUCUCAGCUGCUGUGAGGCGGGAGCUAAUUUACUCUGCCUGUGUACAUAGACCCUGUCUUACUAAAGAGAAAUUUUACUCAUGGAAAGAAGUCAGGGCAUCCAUGAUAUUAUUUAAGUUUAGAGAUAUCUUAGAAAAUAUUAUAAAAUAUGAUAUACUAAAUUGUCUUUUUCAUUAUCAGUUUCCUUAAUACCCAACUCAAUUACCCAUAUAGAAAUGAAAUCCCUGUUACAAGGAAGAAAUUUAAUUAUGGAGUCAAAACAAGAGCUAUUUAGUUGUUUUUAAAGGGAAGAGAUCAAAGAACUGGUCACUCCUUAACUGAGGGUGUUCAAGCAGCAGGAUGGGGGGUGGGGAGUAGAGAGGGUUAGGAUUCAAUUCUUUAUGCUUUUAUUCCUUUUCUGAUGAGCCCUACUGGCAUUCUCGUAGACUAGUUAGGUCAGGAUUCUGAACUUUUCACUACAAUAGGGUUUUAAUCUUAGCUGAUUAUUGUUUCCACCCCCACCCCUAGUCAUAAAGGACUAGUGUUCUUU